AUGGGGGAGGAGGUUGAUUUCUUGAUGCAAUUGUUUGAAGAAUUCUUUAACGGAUUUUUGAGGUUUGGAGUGCGAGUGUCUGUUAUUGGUUGUAAAUCCAACCUUCCAAUGACAUUACAAAAAUGCAUAGCAUUAACAGAAGAGACUACAAAGGGCUACAAAGGACUUCACCUUGUGAUUGCACUAAACUAUGGAGGAUAUUAUGACAUAUUGCAAUCAACAAAAAACAUUGUCAAUAAAGUAAUGAAUGGUUUAUUACAUGUAGAAGACAUCAACAAGACUUUAUUUGAGCAAGAACUUGAAAGCAAGUGUGUAAGUAUUCCAAAUCCUGAUUUACUUAUAAGGACAGGAGGUGAACAAAGAGUUAGUAACUUCUUGUUGUGGCAAUUGGCUUAUACUGAAUUCUACUUCACCAACACAUUGUUUCCUGAUUUUGGAGAGAAAGAUCUUAAGAAGGCAAUACUUAACUUUCAACAAAGACAUAGACGUUUUGGUGGACGCACAUAUUGAAAACCAUUGUUAAUUUUUAGACCUAGCCCCUUGUAUGUCUUGUUUUAUGUGUUUUAGACUACAACAAAUAAAAGACUUUUCAGUAACUAUU